UUACACGUCGUUAGUACUCCGAACGGUGAGGAACUCCGGCGACGUGCCACCUGUUAAAGCUGCCCUGUUAUAGUCUUUGGCCGAGUAAAGAGAAAAAAAAAGAUAAAGAAAAGAAUAUAGAGGCACCCUCUUUUUUUCUCUCUUUUUCUCUCUUUAUCUCUCUUUAUCUCUCUUUAUCUCUCUUUUUGUCUAUCUAUAUAUCUAUCCAUUCAUCUAUUCAUCCGUCUAUCUGUCUAUAUAUCCGUCUUUAUCUUUUACUACUUUCGGUGAUCCGUUCCUCUUAUCUCGUUUCGAACUCUUCAGUUCGAAGUGGAGAACGCGACCUUGAAGGACGACGUAUCGAUCGAAGGAUAAAAAGAAGAGGAGAAGGAGAUAAGUAUUGACUGACAAAAGGGGAUAGAAGGAAUCUUUGAUAGAUUCUACGUGGAAAGUUGACAUUCUUCUUUCCUUCAUUCUAAUCUGAGAGCUGUUACUUCGAAGGAGAGCUUCUUCGCUAAGAAAAGGGGGAAUUGAAAAUUCUUCGAAAAAUCAACGGAGAUCGAUUCAGUGAUUGCAUAAGGAUGAUUUUAAUCACUAUCUUAGUAACAUCAGCAAUGAUCACUAUGACGCGUUCUGCGCCCGCUGUACAUCUUCCAAAGAAAACUGGGAAUUUUCCGGAAGUGCUAUGGCUCGUUAAUCAGCGAAUGCCAGAAUUAGAGAGAGAGAUGUAUGAAUCGAGCAACGAUCCUGGCCCGACGAUACUCAGGACGAAAAGGAUCGGUUCUUUGUCGAUCGUAAAUAAUUUCGAUGUUCUCAGAGAGAGAAUACUUUUGGAAAUAGCUCGUAGAAAGGCUUUGCAAGAUCAACGACAAAUCGAUGCUAACAGACAGAUUCUCGAUAGCAUCGGCAAGAGAUCGGUACCAUCUUACGAGGAUUACACAUCCUCGUCUCGUCCUCGAACUUCGGAAAGAAUCUACGAUUGGCUCAGCGAAAAUGACUCCCUUCUUGGAAAUCGUCAUAGCAAUCAAGAUCGCAGGGUAGCAAACAACGAAUUACUCUGGUUGUAACCAUAUGCGAACCAAUCGAAGAAAAACUAUUGAAAUCCAGAUUUGGCAGGCAACCUCUCGCUUUUCCAAGUUUUACGAGCAGCAAAUUUUGUUCCCAUACCAUUACGAAUUCUUCUUAUAAAGCUUUUAUCUGAUCUAUCAGUCUCGCGCGUUUCUCAGGUUCUAAUAGGCAGCUAUAAUAUAGCGUGACGAAUGAUGAAAAAUAAAAAAAAAUAUAAAAAAAUUAAAAAGAAACAAAAAAAAGGAAGAAAAAAGCGAAUAAUAUAAUGAAUACAGUAAUAUCAGCGACAUUUCAAGGUUACAUUCACAAAGUCAAUUUUCAAAGACGAUCCAAUUGCGAUGUAUAUGAGUCGUCAAAACGAAACAGUAUUAUAUUUUGUGAUCUUUCUUUUAUAUUUAUUAUUUUAUCGUUUCUAUAAUGUCUACGAUAAACACUAUAUUGUUAUUUUGUUUUGUUUUUUUUUCUCCUCUUGACUAGACCAAAAAAAAAAUAUCGUUUCGUUGUUAAAUAACUCAAUUUGUGUCAUAUAAUUUAGAUAUUCGAACCAUUGAAGAAUUAAGACUUUUCAUUUUCGUCAUCACAAUUAUUCAUCCCCUAUAAUACGAUUAAUCAUUAUUUAUUUGUCUAACUAUAAUAUUCUCUAUUUAUAAUAGUUUCAUAAAAUAUUUAUGUUUGUAUUAGAUAUUCUCUGUAGUAAUCUCCAAAAAUAGAUUUUACUAUUUUAAAAGUUUAUGUCCGUUCUAGUUUUAUUACGAAAGUAACUUGGUGAAAGAUGUAAUUAUGCGUUUGCUAUAAUAUAACCUUAAAAAAGAUAUAUAUAUAUAUACACACAUCUAUAUUUAAAAAGAAAAAUGUUAUUAAAUAGCAGCUCGAAGAGAGAGAAAAGAAAACAAGAAAAAAAAGAAGAAAGAAAAAAAGAUCAAUAGAAACAUUUGUUCUAUAUUAGAUUAUAGUAAGAAAUAUUUAACAUUAGCAAAAUGACGAUAGAACAGCCUCAUCGUGUAAGUUAGUUCUAAUUAAUUAGAGUUAGCAAUAGUAAUGUACCUUACGCCUCGGUGAUACAUCGAAUGCUAGCCGUUUAUUAUUAUCAUUAUUCAGUCCUUCAUAGCAGCGAAUAACUUUCAGGAAAACUCGAAAACCGAUAUAAACAAAAAAAAAAGAAAAAACACGGAUAAUAAAUAAAUGUAUGCACGUUAAAUAGUUGACACUUGCUAUUUAAUAUUUACCAUUCGUGUUUUUUUUUUUUUUUUUUUUUUUUUUAUUGUUGGUUUCUUCUUUUCUUUUCUUUUGCGAAAUUGUUUACUCGGAAAUAUUUUAAUUAUGAAAAAACAUGUCUCUUUCUCUCUUUCUCUCUCUCUCUCUCUCUCUCUCUCUCUCUCUCUCUCUCUCUCUCUCUUUCGAAUAAAGAAAUUCUUUCAUUAAGUAGAGUAAAAACUAAAGUAAAAGUUUGAAAUUCGCGCGUUAUUAACAUUUCCGGCAAUGCCUGUACACAUCGAUGUUUAAAAAUUAAGACUUACCUGUGCAAUGUUACAUCUCUUCUCGUCAACGACGAUUUUAAUCUACAUAUUGUGUAUCAUGUUUGUAUAUUACAUUGUACAUUACACGCAAAGAAAGAUACGAAUGUAUAUGUAUAUAUAUGUAUAUCUAUAUCUAUAUAUAUACAUAUACAUAUACAUAUACAUAUACAUAUACAUAUACAUAUACAUACGUAUAACAUACAUAGAUUGCAAUCUUUUCGACGAAUCUUUCGAUUAAUUUAAAGAUAAAUUGAAAAUAUCUUCGAAACUUCUUCCAAUGAUAUAACUCAAAUUUAUUUAUUAUAUUUUUAAUGAUAGUUUAAGAAAAAAAAUAUCGUCAUAUUUUAUUUAAACAGAUAUGUAUGUCUAUCGAUACGUUCCUAAAAUAUAUCAUUUCGUCGGUAGACCGAAAAUAAAAUUUAAUAUAAGUUCUACGAUGUGUGAUUUUAAACGUGAUAAUAAAUUUUAUUUAAUGUACAA